AUGACGCAUUUUGGCAACUAUGGCCAAGACCGUCUGGCACCUUACAUCCUCUCUGGCGCCUUUCGUUUUCUGCUUGCAUGGACCCACCUCCGCCUGAAGACUGGUCCGCCCAACCUGCUGGCCCAGCAGCACCUGGUCUUCCAUCGGCAGACGGAGGCGCCCACCAGCCUCUCCGCG